AUUGUUGCCUUUUAUGUACAAAACUGAGUGCGACCUGGUCUCUUGGAGAAGUUUUGCCGUUUGGAUUCGUGCUGGAAGAAGUGCAACUUCAACAAAAUUAAAUAGGGUUAAAUGUCCUAAUACUUCUUACUAAGAAGAAGAGAUGGUGCUUCGAGCUAUGUCUCGAGCUUUAUAUUUCGUCAUAGUUCUGUCAUUAUGGUUUGGAGAGGAGACGAUCGCAGAGCGAGCAGGCUGCAAGAAUGUCCACUAUGACUUGGUCUUUCUGCUGGACACUUCCUAUAGUGUGGGCAAGGAGAAUUUUGAAAAGGUCAGGCAGUGGGUGGCCAACUUGGUGGACACUUUUGACAUCGGUCCUGAUAAAACCAGGGUAGCGGUUGUAAGUUACAGUGACAAGCCACACACUGAGUUCAACUUAGGUGCCUAUGAAAACACAGAAGAUAUCAAGCAGGCUGCAGCAAGCAUCAGGUAUCGACGUGGGAACACCAUAACUGGGGAAGCCAUUGGCUACAUCACUUUGAAUAGCUUCUCACAAUGGGAAGGCGGAAGACCCAAUAAUCCGAACAUCCAGAAAGUAGCAAUCCUCCUGACUGAUGGCAGAAGCCAAGAUGAAGUCUUGCCAAAUGCCACUUUGGCUCACUCUGCUGGCAUCAGGCUCUUCGCUGUGGGAGUUGGUGAUGCCCUUGAGGAGGAACUGGAAGAGAUUGCUUCCGAACCCAAAUCUGCUCACAUGUUCCAUGUUACUGAUUUCAAUGCCAUAGACAAGAUCCGAGGAAUACUACGGCAGAGAUUAUGUCAAAAUGUUUUGUGCCCUAACGUUAGAUUGGAGGGGAAUCACUACAACACAGCAAAGAAGGCCUCCUCUAAUGUCCCAGGGUUUGACCUAAUGGAGCUGUUCCACGUGAGAAGCAUUAUUGAAGUGAGGAAUGGAGGAUAUGUUCGCCUUGGAAAAAUGCCCAUAGUUCAAAUGACAAAAGAUGUGUUUCCUCAAGGUCUGCCUGAUGAAUAUGCCUUUGUUGCUACAUUUAAGUUCCGAAAAUCCUCACGAAGAGAAGACUGGUACAUUUGGCAAAUUAUCGACAAAUAUGGAAUUCCACAGGUAUCCAUUCGUUUGGAUGGUGAAAACAAAGCUGUGGAAUAUAAUGCAGUGGGACUGAGGAAAGAUGCUGUGAGGACUGUAUUCAGAAACAGAGAAGUCAGCAGCUUGUUUGAUCGCAACUGGCACAAGAUGGCACUGAGUAUUCAGUCGGAUAGUGUUUCCCUCUACAUCGACUGUAAGCUCAUUGAUACCCUGCCAAUGGAAGAACGGGAGAACAUUAAUAUCCAAGGAAAAACAGUCAUUGGCAAACGCCUGUACGACAGUGUUCCAAUUGAUUUUGACCUGCAGCGGAUUGUAAUUUAUUGCGAUGCGAAGGAUGCGGAGCUGGAGAACUGCUGUGAUCUACCCAGCAACCCAUGCCAGAUUACACUUGUCACUCAACAACCUUUAUUGGAGAUUUCAAUACCUCCACACCCACCUGCCGAGGUAGACAGUACAAAGGCGGUCAACUGUACUUGUACUAAGGGUGAGAAGGGUGAUCAGGGCUUCCCUGGUUUUCAAGGACCCAGAGGCCCAAAGGGAGAACCUGGCAAAAUGGGAACAUAUGGUCCUAAAGGACAGAAAGGAGAACCGGGCAGAAUAAGCUAUACUUCAGUGGAGCAAGGUGAAAAGGGAACAAUAGGCUUCUCUGGUUUACCUCGAAAGGAAGGAAGCAAAGGAGCUAAGGGUGACCCUGGUAUUAAAGGAGAGGCAGGUCCACCAGGUGAGAAGGGUGAAAAGGGAGACCAGGGUUUUCCUGGAGAACAGGGUUUCCGAGGUGCAACUGGACCACCUGGUAUAAAGGGUGAUCUGGGCCAGAAAGGAUCCCGUGGAGAGAAGGGUGAUCAUGGUCUUGAUGGAUUUCCUGGAAAAAUCGGUCUUCCUGGAGAAGUGGGUGCAACAGGUUUUCCAGGACUUCCUGGGGACAAAGGGGAAAAAGGAGAAGCUGGACCUCCAGGCCUACUUGGGAGUGUGGUGGAGGAUCUUGGUUACUUAAAAGGAGAACGAGGUGAGCCAGGACCUCGAGGCCUUCCAGGUAUAGCAGGUCCUCAGGGACCUGUGGGCCCUCCUGGUCUGGAUGGCAUUGCUGGAAAACCAGGUCCACAAGGUCAAAGGGGAAGAAAGGGUGACCGAGGCCUGCCAGGUUUACAGGGAAUCACUGGAGACCCCGGUAUUAAAGGAGAAGCUGGUAGUCCAGGAGCACCAGGACAUCCUGGAGAACAGGGGCUACCAGGUGAAAUUGGAUUUCCAGGAAAACCAGGAUCAAAAGGAAAACCGGGUCCACCUGGAAUAGAUGGGAAAAGUGGUUUACCUGGGCCUCCAGGAGUUAAGGGGCAAGAGGGAGAGCCAGGCCAAGAUGGUUUACCAGGGAGGCCUGGUGAAAAGGGAGAAGCGGGAAGUCCAGGCCUUACUGGACAAAAGGGAGAACCAGGCCUCCCAGGAUCACAUGGACUGCCAGGCUCAAUGGGAUUAAAAGGGGAAAAGGGAGAACAAGGAGAUCGAGGUGCAAUUGGUCCAAAAGCAGAGAAGGGUGAAAAGGGAUCUAUUGGACCCCCUGGUUCUCCAGGCUUACCAGGGACGGCACUUGAUGGCUUUCCUGUACCUGGGAUACCGGGCUUGAAUGGAGAGAAAGGAGAAAAAGGAGCCCCUGGAGAGCCAGGAGAGCCUGGAUCCCACGGAACACCAGGUGAAAGGGGACAACGAGGAAUUCCAGGUUCAAAGGGUCAGCAGGGUAAUCCUGGACCUCCUGGGAUUCCAGGGGAAAAAGGAGAAAUGGGUCUAAUUGGAAGACCAGGCCCACAUGGGGUCCCAGGAAAUGUGGGAAUCCCUGGAGUGGCGGGUCCUCCAGGCAAAGAUGGUCUCAGAGGUGAAAAAGGGGAACCUGGUAAAGAUGGUGACCCAGGAGUGCCUGGAACGCCCGGUAACCCUGGGCCAGCUGGAAUUCCUGGACCACCAGGUGAAAGUAUAACCGGGAAAACAGGCCAACCUGGUACACCUGGAUUACCAGGACCCCAAGGACCCAAGGGUGAUCCAGGGGAUCCUGGAAUACCAGGGAUGACUGGUGAAAAGGGACCUCCAGGUGAAGGAAUCCCUGGACCAUCAGGCUCUGCAGGACAACAGGGUGAACGAGGUCAUCCGGGUCCACGAGGUCCACCUGGAUUCAGAGGCCAAAUUGGGCCCCCAGGAAAUGAUGGCUUACCCGGUGCUAGAGGAGAUCCGGGACUUCCAGGAAAGCCUGCAUCAUUACCUCUUAUUUCCAGGAGAGAGAUAGAAGGCAUGGCCAAGGAGUUGUGUACUAGCUGUCCAGCAGGUCCACCUGGAUUACCAGGAGUCCCUGGAUUACCAGGAAGUAAGGGCCAUCCAGGUCUCCCUGGCAAAGUUGGAAAAGAUGGAUUAAGGGGAGACCAAGGACUACCAGGGCCACCAGGACCACAAGGUCCAGAGGGAAAAAUGGGUAGCAAAGGAGAACGUGGUUUGCCUGGUUCAUCUGGUGAAAAGGGAGAACAGGGUAAUCCAGGAUUACCAGGGUACCCUGGACCACCUGGUGAUCUAGGCCAAGCUGGAGCUGAUGGUAUUCCUGGAUCUCCUGGUGCACCAGGUCUACGAGGAGAGAAGGGAAAAGAUGGUGCUCCAGGAAUCCAAGGUCCACCAGGAUUGAUAGGACCACCUGGACUUCCAGGAAAAAAUGGAAAAGAUGGUAAACCUGGACGUGCUGGAGAGCCGGGGAGGCCAGGUAUCCCUGGACCUCCUGGCAGGAAUGGACUCCGCGGAAUCCCAGGUUUUAAAGGCCAGAGGGGUGCAGAUGGUUUGAUUGGUCCGAGAGGGGAAACCGGGAUGGCCGGGCCACCAGGUCCACCAGGUAUACCUGGAAAGGAUGGAGAACAAGGACCUAUGGGAUCUCAAGGUCCUCCUGGUUUGAGAGGUGAUCAGGGUAAACCUGGCCCUUCUGGACCUGAAGGAAAGCCCGGUGAACCAGGUCUACCGGGACCAAAGGGUUCAAAAGGAUCAAAUGGAGAUCCAGGGUUUCCAGGAGUUCUAGGGCUACCAGGAUCUCGUGGUCCUCCAGGAGAGACAGGAGCUCCAGGCAAGACAGGAUAUCCUGGCAAACCUGGUGAACAGGGGUCCAAAGGAGAAAGGGGUGACCGGGGUUUUAAAGGUGAAAAAGGAAACCAGGGUGAGAAAGGACAAUCUGGUGAUCCAGGCCUCCCAGGAAUAAAAGGACAUACUGGAAUAAUGGGUCCAACUGGGCCUCCUGGAGAACGAGGUCCAACUGGCCCACCAGGUCAACCAGGUUCUCCUGGCUUACCUGGGGAAAGAGGUGAGCCACCUUCAUCUGAGUAUUUGAGAAGACUUAUAAGGGAAGAGCUGUCGAAGCAGCUUGAUGCUCGGUUGUCCUAUCUCAUGUCUCAGUUUCAACCAGUUUCCGUUAAGUCAACACCUGGAAAGCCAGGGCCUCCUGGUCCACAAGGGAAUGAUGGAUUUCCAGGGAGACCUGGUGUUCCAGGGGAACCUGGCCCACCCGGAGAACAAGGUCUGGAGGGAGCCAGAGGACCAGUAGGUCCAAAAGGUGAUAAAGGUGAAAAAGGUGAACCAGGAGCAAUGGGCAUUGGACAGAGGGGUGAUCCUGGCCUGCCAGGCCCUCCAGGCAUCGCUGGAACACCUGGCUAUGGAAAAGAUGGACUGCCUGGUACUCCAGGACCACAAGGAGAGCCCGGCCAACCUGGCAUUGCUGGCGCACAGGGACCGCGUGGGCAGAAUGGAGUCUGUGACCUGGCACAGUGUGCUCUCUAUGCAAGCCUGGCCAGUCGGCCAUCCAAUCAAAAAGGACCUUAAAUCACGAUGCGAAGGAUUAGAAAAAAUUGAAGGAUUGAGGCUGUUGGCUUGAAAUACAAUAACAAUUAGCAGCCUAAACAAAGAUCACUCCAAAUACACUUGCUGCUGGCCAGGUGUGCUUUGAUGCAAGUUCCUGUUCUUUCACUGGAGAUUUGGACUGGAUCCUAGCCAUUAAGCACACAAAUCUUCCUUAUGAAGAUCUGCACCAGCUCUUAAUUGUGACUUAACUGUGUGGUUUUAAAGCUUUCUAACUAUACAUAUUUUCCAAUUCUGCAGCUAUUUUCCACCAGAUUUUCAUCUCAACUACACAGCAAUCUCGUGUGACAUAUAUGGUGCAAUUUACUAUUUCUGGAUUAUUCAAUUGUGCUUGAUUUCAGUGUCGUGAAUAUAUAGUAUAUGAAGUAGAAGUACCACCAAAUGUGUUGAAUUCCACGUAAAAUAUUUAAAAGAAAAUACCUCUUCCACUCACCCUAAAAGGUUAUCCAUCAAACCUCCACUUCAAAAGAGUAUCCUGCCCUUUGCACCUAAAAAUUCAUUUCUGAUCAGUAGCACUAAAUCUGUUAUACAGCAUCAUCCACACAAUAUGUUCUCACUCCAAAAUUUAUUUGAAUAAUGUCAAUGAAACUGAAUUUUAAAGGCAGAGUACAAUGUGUUGACAUUGACUAUAUAACACGUUCAGCAGGGAUAAAUGUCAAAGCAUGUGCUUUUUAUAUCCAUUUCCCAAAUCAGCCAUCCUGUUCAUCUUCACACUGUCACUUUAUUUCCCAUUUUUUUCCAAGCAUUUGGAUGAGCAAAAAGUUGCUCCUCAUUUCUCCUCUUUGAAUUGGGAAAGAAAAAAUACAAAUUGUGGGCCAGAUCUUUAUAAAUGCAUUACAGCAGCUGCAUAUUAGCAAAGGUCAUUAAAUAUUCAUUUAUUUGAAUUUUAGGUGAGAGGCUUAAUGAUCCAAGCAGUUACUUGUUUCCUAAUUGGACUGCAGGAGACAGUAAUUUUAAAAAAAAUGUAAAUAUGUUAUUUUAAACAAAGAGAAAUAAUAUUUGUCCUGGGUAUAUAGCUGUUCUACAUGAGUAGUUAGUUUAAAUUGUUCCACAUCAACAUCAGCAAGCUGCCUUUCCCCAAAUACCAUCCACUGCUCUCCAGCAAAAUGUUGAUGAAGUGCAAUUUGCUGUAAGCUUUUAGGUUUCAAAGUAUGGCAGCAAGUUGUGGCCUUGACCUACUUCUAGCCCACUUAAUCCAUACGGUACCAUUGAUCACCUUAAGGCCAAGAGCAUUCUGGCAUUCAUUCAACACAUGUGAGCAGGUUAGCCAAACACAAUUCUGCCUUUAAAUAUAUUCCACACAAAAUAGUGCGAUUUAUUUCUCUUGCCCUUUAUAAGCAAUUACAUAUUGUUCCACUCUUAAUAUAUCUCAUUUGAGAUUCACUUUCUCAGGACAGAUGGGAUCUAUAUAGCUUGCUGCUUAACUAUGUAUUUAGAGAUUAAGCCUCUUAAUCAUGUAAAUAAACAGUUUUUUUAAAUCAAAGAAUAAUAUCAGUAUUAGGAAGGAUAAGCACAAAAGCAAAUGUAUUUUGAACAAAUAUUACCAGAAUCUAUUAAUUAAAUAAUCAUUUUGAAUCGCCUCACACCAUACCUCAAAUAGGUAACAUAAAAUAUAAAUAAUUUGGCCAAUUCUUUCCAGUCCAUUUUCUCCACAUAACUAGAACGGUGCUGUGCCUCUACCACCACUCACCUACUACCUUAUUCAAGGACUCAUCUGGAGGCAUACAAAAAUGCAACUGUGCUUCUUAAUAUAUGCCCUGCUUUAAAUAUUGAAUCUAGGGGCAACUAUUCAGUUACCACGUUUAACAUUUAGGGUUCAACAAAAGAGAGAAUAAAGGGAAUAAAUAAUGGAUUCUUGGGCAAGUGCUUCUGGGCUAUACCCAUCUAUAUCUUCCAUUAUAUCAGGAAGUUCUAGCCAGAAGUCCUUCCUGUCUCGAAGUGACCUACAGCUGUGAUAAUACUUUAUGUGCCAUUAAUGUAUGUUUUUUUAAACUCCAUUAAUUUGAUUUACAAUUUUAAAUAUUAAGUAAUGCACAAUUGCCUUUUGAGGUUUUUAACAUUUAGGAGGUUCCUAGUCCAAUAUAUCUAAUUUGAUAUUACUUCACAUGACAUGGUAGUGCAAUGAGUAUGACAUAGGCUUAUUUAUUACUGAGGUAUCGUGAAAAGGAAUUGUAAAUAUUCCAUUAAGUAAUAUCGCUACAUACAUAGCUACCACAGUAUAAUUCAAAGUGAUCUAGAAAGUAUACUGAAAUGUUACUGUGUUCUAACUUGUAGCAAGAAGGUGGUUGUAGUAUGAAGCGGUUAAUUGCAACAAAAGUCAUGAUGGAGUAAUAUCAGACUGGGUGUAAAACUGAUGAGCUGCCAAGGGUCCAUCAGAGUCCUGGGAAUGGGCCAAUGGUACUGUGGAAAAAUACUGAUAAAACAAAAUAUUAUAGUCACAUUUUAAAUAUAUUAAUAGAUUCUAAAUCAUUACCUAAGUAAAAAUACUCAACAGUAUGAAUUGAUCUUAGAUAAAUAAUUGAUACCCUUGAUUGAAUUCCCAGACAUAGCAGUUGAUAUCCUUUCAGAAAUUCGAAAAAUUUUUCUUUGGAGAACUUUUACCACAUGGAUAACUGAUAUACAAGACUGUGCCAUUGCCUACCUAGUGGAAUAUAAUAAAAAAGAAUAUAGAUCUAUAUUUACAAUUAGAAGAAAUAUGCUUUAAUUAACUUACUUGGAUUGGAUAAAUUUACAGUCAAAUGUCUGUAUUAUUGAGGCAACAGUUAAUAGAACUAUGAAUGUCUUUCAAAACAUAAAGCUCUCAAAGGUGAUAUAUUUUUCCUAAAGAAAAUCUGAAUUUCGUAUCAACCCUAAAUGAAAACUUUUAUGUAUUGGGUACAUUCACAUCUUUUGUGUGUAAGUAUUAUGCUACAAAAUACCAAAGUAGUGAGUAAAGUUUUCCAAAAAGGGAUUAAAGAAAAACCAUAUUCUGUGCAAUCUCCUAUGUCAUGCAUCUUUUGAUGUUGUUUUCAGUGGCCCAGCACCACAAGAAAGACUUGUAAGCCAAUGUUUUUCUUUUGCUGUUGGGAGCGACUGACUAGUGUGUUGUUGGGUGUUUUAUUGCAUGACUCAUUGAAUGUCUUUCCCAUUAGAGUUAAGGAUGAGAUUUUCUUUAUGUUUCCAAGUUUGUCCUGGCUUUAUAAGUGGACUGGUUCCAUUUCUUGUUUGAUUUGCAUUUGAUUUGUAGACACAGGACAGUUGUCAAUGAACAGUGCUCUUCACAGCUUAAUUCUGUGAUAGAAUUCUGUGUUACAAAGUUAUGAAUAUUUUGUGCUUGUACUUUGUUUCUUUGACUUCUUAAUUGUUCUGGUUUCCAUGGUGCUCCUUUGACUCAAAUAAACUUUUAAUAAUGAUUCCAAAGGCCUUAAAGCUGCUCUCGACUACCCCACCCCCUCCAUUGUUUCUUCCUAUAUAUAUAAGUUUUAGACAAUAACUGAGAAAAACUGCUUAAUGUACUUCAUCUUUGCAUUUUUAUCAACCUAUUUUAAAUACCUAUGUUGGAUAAAGUAAAUGGUAGACAUAGUGAUAAAAUUAUCUCCUUUUAUUUUCUUAUGAUAUUCAGAGACAGAUUAAGCAUGGAGCUUUAACAAUUGAAUAGGUUUGCAGAUGCUCAGCGCUGUAUUCAAUCUUCCUGUUCACACUCUGUCAUUGCCUCCUGACAUAACUGAUUGGAAAUGUUAGAAACAUGAGUGUUUUACAUGCAGAUGGAGAUUGCUUAUGGUGUAACUGUUAAGUUUUUUUAAAAGCUUGCUUUAUUACUGUACUUUGUGAGAUUUGCAACAAUUUAAAGAACGUUGAUCUGCGAAGGAAGAUCACUUCAACAGUAUAGUUCCUUCUGCUUAUCACGGAUUGGGAUGUUUUUUUCCGAUGAAACUCAUGGAGCUACUCCUUGAACAUGAUUGUAGAAUUAUUAUUUAAGUAUGUACAUUUAUGUG